CUCGUUCGAACGCGCCAUGGGAGGCCUGGAACACGAGGCGCUCUCGGUGAUGGCCCCAAGGUGGGCUGCUUGAGAUCUCGAAUAGAUAUAUCAUCCACGGGCACAACGUCUUUACUCUACAUCUACCUACCUUAUCACUCUACCCUCUAGUUCCACCACUCCUUCACCAUGGGCAAAGCAAGCAAGGCUCUCAAAGGAUUCAUCGAUAAUAUCCCAGAUAGUGACCUGGAAGCACUGCCGACGUCAGCGGGAACCAUCUAUUCUGACGACAAUUUCAGGCUGGACAUGCAGGGUAUGACAAGCUCCCAAGAAUACAACCUCCAAGUCCAGAUCAACAAAGGCACCACCAUUUCAACAUUGAAAAAGUUUUCCCCUGCAACUGUUGCCGGGCCGGUCCUGGUCCCAUCUGACGAUCCAUGGUCCGCGUCGAAGAUCAGGAAUGAACUGAUUGACAACAUCUUGAUCUGAGGGCCCAUAUAGAAGGCCCUCAUGGGUUGGCGGGCUCCGCGCUCUUUCGGUAUCGCGGCGGCCAUUACCAUAGAGGAAGGACAAUUACAGGAGACUUCGGGCAUGCGGGACGAAAAACAGUUCCCACAAGCCCUUUCAUUGCCGUUGUGGCCGCGCAGAUGUCGUCGAAAAGGGCCAAUACGCCCACAUUAGCAAAUGCAGACGUAAAAGAUAAUCUUGCCUCCGCCACAUUAAUUUGAGUACAGACCCGAGAU